ACACAAUUUUAAUUUGAUAUUGAGAAUCUGCUGAGUAAUGUCUGUACUCUGUUUUAAUAGUUUUACUUACAAAUGAACUACAGGAAGAUCACAAGCUAACAAAUUAUGGCUUUCUGGAAACAGUUAGGCUUACUGCUGUGGAAGAAUUUUACUUUAAGAAUAAGACAACCGCUACGUUUACUUAUUGAGUUAGUAUGGCCCUUGUGUCUCUUUCUCAUCUUGGUGGCAGUAAAAACACGACCUGAUCUACAGGUGUUUAAACCAGAAUGUCACUAUGAUGGAAAAGCUAUGCCCUCAGCUGGGUUAUUGCCAUUUAUUCAGACCUAUGCCUGUACCUUUGAUAACAAAUGUCAUCAAACAGUAACAGAGGACGAACUAAGAGGACAGGUUGAUUCAUUUAACAGAUCUUUAAUAAGCAUACUUAUAGGUGAUAUAGAAAAGGUUUUAGCUAAUAAUACUCAGAGGACAGAGAUUUUUAACAUUAUUGAAGAUUUUGAAAAUCUACAAAUAAUUUAUAAUAAGAUUAUGAAUGGAACAUCACAAGGUGAGAUAAAGCUAGGAAAUUUAUUGGUCAAUCCUAACAAAUUACGAGAGCAAAUAGCCAAUCAGAGCAUCAAUUUAUCAGAAGAAUCUUUAGACCUAUUGCUAAAUGGAUCAAUCUCCUUUCAAAAGAUAAUAAAAAAUUACAACUUAUCCACUGGGUUUUUUGAUACAGUGGCAAGAUUGAACGAGUCAGCAUUACGUGAGUCUAUUUGUCAAGAGAAGCUACUCACACGAUGGUUUGACUUCAGUGAUCCAAACACAGCUAAUGUUUUAGAUGAACAACUUUGUAAUUUGACCGCUGUUCAGUUUCAGGAACUAUAUAAUGAUUUUAUGGAAGAAUAUAAUUCAUCAUAUGUUAACAAUGAGUUACAAAAUUUCUAUGCUCAAAAUAUUGGUAAAGAUCCAAAUUUUGAUUUAACAACAAUAGAAACAGUUCAAAGAUUAAGUCAAGAUAUUACAAAUCUAGAGAGUUUUCAGUUUAUCUUAGAUGAUGUACAACGAAUACAGACGGAUUUAAGAUCUGGUAACAAUACAAAUACAUCUAUGUCUGAGAAUAUUGGUCUUUUGCUUUGUGGUAGAAAAAGUUUUAAUUUUUCUAGUGGUGGUGGGAAUGGGAAUAGAAACUCAUCAUCCCCACUACUUAAUACGAAACCACUUGAACCUGAAGAAAAAGCUAAGUCAGAAAGAGAAUACAAAGAUUCAACACCAUUUUGUAGAAAUUUGUACAUGUCAUUUGAAAGCAAUCCAGUUUGGAAGUUUCUGAAGCCAUUUAUUUUAGGAGUAAUUCCAUACUCCCCUGAUACUCCACGUGUACGAGAAAUCAUCAAAUUAGCAAAUCGAACCUUCCUUGACGUUUCAUUGCUGAUAAACUUGGCUGAUGAUUGGGCUGGCUUUUCACCAAGCCUUUAUCGUUUUCUUAAUAAUGAUAUAAAUGGUUUGAGAUGGUUUUUCAACUCGAGUUUGUGUAAGGGGUUUGAAGAAGGAAGUUUCCCGCCUACCUCAUUUCGUUUCUUUGAAGGCCUUUUAGCUAACUUAAUGGGCCAGAAUAGAAUACCAAAGGGUUCAUGUGCUAGAAUUGGUCAAUUUGUUUCUAAUGAUGCUGAUAAUAGUGCUUAUGAUUGGAGAGAUGCAUUAAAUAAUACAGAUGAAUUGAUGAAAGGGAUAAAACAAUACAUGCAGUGUUUCCGUUUGAAUAAAUUUGUACCUUAUAAAGAUGAAUCAGCAUUAGAGGAUGACUCAGUUGAAUUUACAGCAAAUAACACAUUGUUAGCAGCUCUUGUAUUUGAUGAUAUAGAUGAAAAAUCUACCCACAUUAGAUAUAAAAUACGUAUGAACUCUGAUAAUGUUGAUAGUACCAAGAGGAUUGAAGACAGAUAUUGGAGACCAAGGGCAAGAGAUAGCCCAACGUUUGAUUUGAAGUAUUUAACAUUUGGUUUUGCAUUUUUACAAGACAUGGUUGAUCAUGCUAUAAUAGGACUACAAACAGGUCAAGAGGGUCAAAUAGGUGUAAUGUUACAACAGUUUCCAUAUCCAUGUUAUAUUAAUGACAGAUUCGUGUAUACAAUCUCUAGAAUGAUGCCUCUCUUUAUGAUAUUAAGUUGGAUUUAUACAGUAGCUAUGAUUGUCAAGGGUGUUGUACAUGAAAAGGAACAGAGACUAAAAGAAGUAAUGAAGAUGAUGGGACUGGGUAAUGCUGUACAUUGGAUAGCUUGGUUUAUUAAUGCAUUUGUUAUGAUGUUUUUGACCAUAUUACUGUUACUUCUGAUAUUAAAGGGAGGAAAAGUACUGGAACAUUCAGAUCCAUCUGUAAUAUUUGUGUUUUUGUUGGCGUUUACGGUAGCAACCAUCAUGCUGUGUUUUUUUAUAAGUGUGUUAUUUUCUAAAGCUAAUUUAGCUGCUGUGUGUGGUGGAUUUAUAUAUUUUAUAUUGUAUUUACCUUACACAUUGGUAACAAGAUUUGAAGAAACUAUGACAACAUCAGAAAAAGCUUUUGCUUCUCUAUCAUCAUGUGUAUCAUUUGGUUUUGGUUGUAGUUAUAUAGCUAGAUAUGAAGAACAGGGCAUAGGCAUACAAUGGUCUAAUAUGGCGGAUAGUCCAUUAACAGAUGAUGGGUUUAGUAUGCAGUAUGCAAUAGGAAUGAUGAUUAUAGAUGCUAUUAUAUAUGGUUUAUUAACAAUAUAUGUAGAGGCUGUAUUCCCAGGUCAAUACGGUUUACCACGUAAAUGGUAUUUUCCUAUACAGAGGUCAUAUUGGUGUGGAAAACAGUAUAAUGUUGAUGCUGAAUCACCUAUGGAAACACUAGACAUGGGAUGUGAUAAAGAAAAGAUAGAGAGGGAACCAGCAGAUAGAAAUAUAGGCGUAGGAAUACGGGGAUUAAGAAAAGUUUAUUCCCAGGGUAAAAAAGUAGCAGUCGAUAGAUUGUCUCUCAACUUUUACGAAGGUCAAAUUACAUCUUUCCUUGGACAUAAUGGAGCUGGAAAAACAACAACAAUGUCAAUUUUGACAGGAUUGUUUCCACCUACUGAAGGUACAGCCUAUAUUUAUGGUAAAGAUAUAAGAACAGAUAUGGAUGAAAUAAGACAUAGUUUAGGAAUGUGUCCUCAGCACAAUGUUCUUUUUGACAAAUUAACAGUAGAAGACCAUAUAUGGUUCUAUGCAAGGUUAAAAGGUCAAACUGACAGUCAGGUUCGAGCAGAAAUGCCAAAAAUGAUUGAAGAUGUUGGUCUGGUAAAUAAAGCAAAAGAACGCUCUGAAAAUCUAUCUGGUGGAAUGAAGAGGAAGUUAUCAGUAGCUGUAGCAUUUGUUGGUGGUAGUAAAACAGUUAUAUUAGAUGAACCUACAGCUGGUGUUGAUCCGUAUGCUAGAAGGUCAAUCUGGGAUCUAUUACUUAAAUUCAGAAGUGGUCGUACCAUAAUUCUAUCAACACAUCAUAUGGAUGAAGCAGACGUACUAGGUGAUAGAAUAGCUAUUAUAUCACAUGGCAAACUGUGUUGUGCUGGUUCGAGUUUAUUUUUAAAGAAUAAAUUUGGUAGUGGUUAUUAUUUAACCCUUGUUAAAGGUGGUAUCAUUGGUACUAAAGAUGAUGAGUAUGAGGACAAUUAUGAUAAAGAUGAUUUAAGUUUAGGUCGACCAUCCACGGCUGGUAGUAUCAGAAGUACAGUAGCUGUGAAACCUAUAUUUGUGGAAGAUGAUGAAGGUUUUGAUGAUAUGAAGGGAGCUAGUAGUACUGGUAGUACUGGUAGUAGUAAGAGUGAUUCACCUACACCAUUAGAUGACAAGGGUAUGAUACCAGGUUUGUCAGUUGGUCGGAUUACAGCUUUUAUACAGAAAUAUGUAUCUACAGCAGAAUUAGUAGAAGAUAACUCUACAGAACUGUGUUUCAAAUUACCACAUACUUCUGUUAAAGCAGAGUUUCAUCAUUUAUUUCAAGAAUUAGAAAAAUAUCAUCAUGAACUUGGUAUUGAUAGUUUUGGUUUAUCAGACACCAGUUUAGAAGAGGUAUUCCUGGCAGUAGCAGAAGAAACUGGUGUUGAUGAACUCAAUGAUGAAACUACCAGAAAUACUUUAGAAAGUGCUUACGAUAAUGGUAAAUAUCCCCGCCCAGUAACGAGGUUGAGCUUUAGAAAUAAGAAGAAAUUUAACUUUCUUCGUAAUCGUAGUAGCAACAAAAUUGAACAUACAGAACUACAAGAAGACAUAGAUGAUACUGCUUCGGUAGCAUCAGGUACAAUAGGCAAUAAAUCUGUAUUUGCUGAUUCUGGAAAAGCUAAAAUAAUUGGCUGGUCACUUAUUCUACAUCAGUUCUACGCCUUGUUUUUGAAGAGAUUCCAUCAUGUUAGACGUAGUAAAAAAGGAUUUGUUUGUGAGAUUGUAUUGCCAGCUGGUUUUGUGUGUUUGGCAAUGGUCUUUAGUCUUAUUUUACCUCCAUUUGAGGAAGAGCCACCAUUAGAACUACAACCAUGGAUGUAUACACCUAAAACUGGUGAACCCCAUCUGUAUAUGUUUUAUGCAAACGACAAUCCUUCAAAUCCACUAACACAAAGUUUAGAAAAAACAUUAUUCUCAAAACCUUGGGUUGGUAAUAGAUGUAUGAAACCUGAUGUUUAUUCUGUAAGUGGUUAUUCAUGUCAGUCUGAUUCGGAAACCUUGAAAUGGACAGCUAGACCAAGUUUAACCGGAAACCUGUCUAUAGAUUCUCCAGACUGUGAUUGUUCAACAGGCUUUCAACAAUGUCCUCCAGGAGCUGGAGGACCAACACCAUCUAUGACUCUACUACCAACAUCUGACUAUUUGUAUAAUCUGACUGGUCGUAAUAUCAGUGAUUGGUUGGUUAAAACUACAAAUUCUUAUAUCAAAAAAAGAUAUGCUGGUAUAACAUUUGGAGAUAUCAAUAUGAUGGCUGAAUUAAACUCGACACAAAUAGUAAAUGUUCUGGAUAGACUAGCUACAGCUGCAAAUAAUGGACAAUCUACCAAUAUAUCAAAUAUACAGUUCUGGAGUGAUUUAGAAGAAUUCACCAAAGGUUUAUUAACACAAAAUGUUGCCAAGGUGUGGUUCAAUAACAAGGGCUGGACGGCAUCUGUAUCAUAUAUGAAUGUAUUAAAUAACUUAAUAUUAAGGAGUUAUCUGCCCUCGGAUAAAGAUCCAUCUGUAUAUGGUAUAACAACUAUUAAUCAUCCCAUGACUUACAAUAAAGAACAACUUAAUGAAGAAUCAUUAUUUUCUAGUUUUGUGGAUGUAGUUGUGGCUAUAUGUGUUAUAUUUGCCAUGUCAUUUAUACCAGCUAGUUUUGUGUUGUAUUUGAUAGAAGAGCGAGUUAGUGAUAGUAAACACAUGCAAUUUGUUAGUGGUAUUAAUCCUACUGUAUACUGGAUUUCAACAUUUGCAUGGGACUUGUUAAAUUAUCUGGUACCAGCAUUCCUGUGUAUUUUGAUAUUUUUGGCGUUUAAUGAAGAAGCCUAUGUAUCAGCUCACAAUGCACCAUGUCUUAUAGCUUUAUUAGUUCUAUAUGGGUGGGCUAUUAUACCCAUGAUGUAUCCAUUUGCAAGACUGUUUUCUAUACCAAGUUCAGCAUUCGUGGCCUUGUCAUGCUGUAAUGUAUUUUUAGGAACUAUUUCUACAUUAGCAACAUUUAUACUGGAAUUACUUGGACAAUCUGAUCAGGAUCUAGAAGAUAUCAAUAGUAUAUUAAAACAAGUAUUUUUACUUCUACCUCACUAUUGUCUGGGUCGUGGUUUAAUUGAUAUGGCUGCCUAUCAACUGAGAUAUGAAGUUAUGCUGAGAUUUAGUCCUAAUGCUAAACAAACUAACAUAUUACAGUGGGAUAUAGUAGGUCGUAAUUUGUUUUGUUUAACGAUGUUGGGUAUAAUUUUCUUCACAUUGAAUUGGUUAAUUGAAUAUCACUUCUUCAUCAAACCAAAAAUGAGUAAUGAUAAAGAUGGAAGUACAGAUGGUAUAGAAGAUAUUGAUGUCAAACGAGAAAGACAGAGAGUUUUAUCAGGUGAUGCUGAUGAUGAGGCGCUAGUUAUCAAAAAUAUAUCAAAGACAUAUACAACUGGACGUAAGAAGAUGAAAGCAGUUAAUAAUUUAUGUGUUGGUGUACCUAAAGGACAGUGUUUUGGACUACUUGGUGUUAAUGGUGCUGGAAAGACGACCACAUUUAAAAUGUUAACAGUCGACGUACCUAUUACCAGUGGAUCAGCUUUUGUCUGCCAAAAAAGUGUUUUAAAAGAAAAAGAUAAAGUACGACAAGUAAUGGGAUAUUGUCCUCAAUUUGAUGCUUUAGAUAGUUUAAUUAGUGGAAGAGAACAUCUAGAAUUUUAUGCUAGAGUACGGGGAAUAGAAGAGAAAGAUGUUAAACAGGUAGCAGAUUGGGCUAUAAAGAAGCUAGGCUUAUUACAUUAUGCUGAUAAACUGGCUGGUACAUAUUCUGGUGGAAAUAAACGUAAAUUAUCAACAGCUAUAUCACUUAUAGGAAACCCACAGAUAGUAUUCCUUGAUGAACCUACAACUGGAAUGGAUCCUAAAGCUAGAAGAUUUUUAUGGAACUGUAUUAGUGAAAUAGUUAAAGAUGGUCGAACUGUAAUACUGACAUCUCAUAGUAUGGAAGAAUGUGAAGCUUUAUGUGGUCGACUGGUUAUAAUGGUAAAUGGUAAAUUUAAGUGUAUUGGAAGUUCUCAACAUCUUAAAAACAGGUUUGGUGAUGGAUAUACUAUAGUUAUAAGAAUCUCUGGAGAAAAUCCUGACAUGAAGCCAAUCAAACAAUUGAUUGGAGAAAAUUUCUCAGCUGCCAAAUUACAAGAAGAACAUAGUAAUAUGGUACAAUAUCAACUUGGUACAGCUAAUUUAUCUUUAUCUAGAUUAUUUGAUAUUCUAGAAUCAGCUAGACAUGAAUAUUAUAUAGAAGAUUACUCUGUAUCUCAAACAACUCUAGAUCAGGUGUUUAUCAACUUUGCUAAAGGACAGACCGAUACUAUGGAUGCGGAUGUUGAUGAUAUAGAACAAUCAUAUCCUGGUGGUAAGAUUAUAUAUUCACUUAUAGAACAAUCAUAUCCUUAUGAGAUAUUACAACAGUUAGAUGAAGAUGAACAAAGUGUAACAGGAAGUACAUUUGAGUUAAUUCGUCCUGAUACAGGACGUAGAUCUACAGGCUUUCCUGAUGUUUCUAUAGCUUAAUAUCCACACUCAUUAUAUUUACAUAUUCUCAUAGAGAAUUGUCUUAAUAAAUAAGGUUUAAAUUUCUUUGUAUUUUUAGAUACUAAUUAAUAGUUUUAACACCAUGAUUAUAUAUAUAUAUAUAUAUAUAUAUUACUUUGCUUACAGUUCACCUAUUUCUUUUUCUAUAUGUAACUUAUAUCUUAUCCGAUUUAUGUCAUUUUGAAUGUUUAAGUUGAUAAUAAUAUUAGUAAAGUGAAAAAUAAGGUUUCCAGUGUCUAUAUAUUGAGCUUGUGACCCGACACAAGUUUUCUGAACGAAAAUUUGUAUAAAGAUAAUGAAUUUCUUUAAUCAAUGAUUAAGCUAUUUUGUGUGUUAUGUUUAUAAACAGUAGUAGUAAUUAUCUUGAUUAUGUCAUUAUACUUUGUACAUAAUCCCAGAUUGUCAUGUUUAUAGGAGAGCCUAACUUCAACUAACAAACAUUUGAAUAAUUAGGACACUGGGAGUUAGGUAUAUAAAUUCCAUGACAUUUUUAUAUGCCGAUAUUUACAUUUUUUAAAAAAAUAAAGGUUUUCUUCUUCUUGUAAUAUUGGAUUGCCUUUAAUCAGAGAUAGAUAUAACAAUGAACAUAGGGCCUCAAGAGUCAUUUGUUACUAGUGUCACUGUACAAUUGUGCCCAGGAACAUAAAUAACUCAGCUCAACACAGACAAAUGACUUAUUGAACAAGUCUCAUUUUUCAUAUAAAUCAUAUUUGUAAUUUAUAAGACAAGAUUUAUUGUAUAUGUAAUGUAUAAAGAAUUGUGUUUAAAGUGCUAUACUAUUUACUUUUUUUCAGUUUUUGUGAGAUUCUUUUUAAAUUAGUUUAGAGGUUUAUAUUUCUAUUUUACUUGCACAUAUUGUAAUUUUCCUACAGUGAUGAUAUAGGUUUUUUUCUAAGAUCCAAUAUUUCUAUGAAUAUAAUUGAUUUUCCUCUGUGAAUCCAAAGAAUGGACUAUACUUAAUUGAGUAGCCUGAAAUUGUGUUUUUUUGUCAGGCCCAUAAACAGUUGAAACAUUUUCCUUGUGCUUCAUAAGCGUGACAAUAGGCCUACUACUUUUCAACAUCAGGUUAUUUGAACUGUGACAGAACUUGAUUCUUUAUCAUUCGAUUGCUCAGAGUCAAACAAAUUGAUCGCUCCAGUAGGGUUUCAUCCCAUUCAGAUUAUGAUAGCUCAAAGAAUAAAGAGAUAUUAGAGAUAUUAUUACAUUAAAUGUAUGCACAUCAUAAUUCUGUGAUAAAUGUCUUUCACGUGAAUAAUAUAUUGUGUUCCUAAUAGAAUUGGUCUGUGAUGUUCUACAUUUUAAUAUUAUACUUGUAAAUUUUUAAUAAAUGUAUUUUUUUUUUAAAAUAAA